AUGGCAUGGGUCGGCCCCGUAUCUCCGUAUCUCCGUUUCUUCCGCCAAAGUUUUUCCACUGUAAACCCGGCAAAGCCUCCCCCGCCGAUUCCGCUUCAAGAAUUCACGAGCCUCUGCUAUGGAGGACAAAUCAAAGAAGCUUUCCAUAGAUUUAAUUCGGAGAUUUGGAAAGACCCAACUCUCUUUUCUCACCUCAUUCUCUCAUGCAUUCAGGCCAAGUCUCUGCUCCUUGGGAACCAGCUUCAUUCAUUGGUCCUCACUUCUGGGUAUCGACGAGAAAAGUUUGUCGCCAAUCACCUUCUCAAUUUGUACUCCAAACUUGGAGACUUACAAGCAGCACUGUCCUGGUUCAACGCCCUGGCCAGGAGGAACGUCAUGUCUGGUAACAUUUUGAUUAAUGGAUAUGUGCACGUUGGUGAUUUGACGAAUGCCCGUAAGGUGUUUGACGAAAUGCCUGAGAAAAAUAUUGCCACUUGGAAUGCUAUGGUAACUGGGUCUAUCCAGUUCGAGUGCAAUGAAGAUGGGUUGUCCUUCUUUCGGGAAAUGCACCAGUCGUGCUUCAUGCCUGACGAGUUUGCUUUGGCUAGCGUGCUCAGAGGCUGUGCUGGGUUGAGAGCUUUGUAUGCUGGGAGGCAGGUUCAUGGUUAUGUGAUGAAAUGCGGGUUUGAGUUUAACUUGGUUGUCUGUAGCUCUUUGGCACAUAUGUACAUGAGAACUAAAAGCUUGGAUGAAGGAGAAAAGGUAAUCAAAGCCAUGCCAAUUCUCACAGUUGUUGCUUGGAAUACUCUUAUUGCUGGGAAAGCUCAAAAUGGCUAUUCAGAAGGAGUCUUGCAACUUUACAAGAUGAUGAAAAUGUCAGGUUCUAGACCUGAUAAGAUCACUUUUGUUAGUGUAAUCAGUUCAUGCUCUGAGAUUGCAAUUCUUGGUCAGGGUCAGCAGAUUCAUGCCGAAGCAUUGAAAUCUGGUGCCUGUUCUGAUGUUGCAGUGAGUAGUUCAUUGAUCGGCAUGUAUUCCAAGUGCGGGUGUUUGGAAGCUUCUUUGAAAGUUUUCUCCGAACACGAAAAUGGGGAUGAUGUGUUGUGGAGCUCGAUGAUUGCUGCGUAUGCCUUCCACGGGCAAGGAGAGGAAGCCAUACAUUUGUUUGAAGAGAUGCAAGGUAGAGGUUUGGAGGCAAACGAAGUGACAUUCUUGAGCUUGCUUUAUGCGUGUAGCCAUUGUGGAUUGAGGAAAAAGGGGAUGGAAUUAUUUGAGAUGAUGGAAAAGCAAUGUGGCCUGAAACCUAGCGUGCAACACUACACUUGUAUGGUUGAUCUGCUAGGUAGGUCGGGGUGUCUGAGUGAAGCUGAGGACAUGAUAAGGUCAAUGCGUGUCAAACCAGAUGCUGCCAUCUGGAAAACACUGUUAUCUGCCUGUAAAAUCAAUAAGGAAGCUGACAUGGCCCAACGGAUUGCUGAAGAAGUCCUGAGGCUUCAACCGCAGGAUUCAUCAUCAUAUGUGUUGCUCGCGAAUGCUCAUGCCUCUGCUGGGAGAUGGAAGGAUGUUUCUGAAGUUUGGAAGGCGAUGAGGGAUAAGAACGUGAAGAAGGAACCUGGUGUGAGCUGGUUGGAAAUAAAAAACCAGGUUCACCAGUUCUGUAUGUCCGACAAGUACCAUCCGGAAUAUGAGAAGAUUGAGUCGUACUUGAAAGAGCUGAUUGCAGAGAUAAAGAAGAAGAAAGGGUAUGUGCCUGAUACAGCCUCUGUUUUGCAUGAUAUGGGUGUGGAGGAGAAAGAAUACAAUUUGACCCACCACAGUGAGAAGUUAGCAGUUGCGUUUGCUCUCAUGCAUACUCCACCUGGGAUGCCGAUAAGGAUUAUGAAGAACUUGAGAAUCUGUGGAGAUUGCCAUGCUGCCUUCAGAUGCAUAUCGGAGGUUAGAAACAGUGAAAUCGUUGUUAGGGAUGGUAGUAGAUUCCACCAUUUCAGGAAUGGAAAAUGUUCUUGUGGUGAUUACUGGUGA